GUUAAUUCAAUCCAUUUUUUAAUGAAGCCAAACGGAGCUGCAGCCAGUGAAAGAAAAUCCUCUGGAUCUGUGGCAUGCAUUGUGCGGACCGUGAACUCAUGCAUAGCCGCUGAAGCGCGUCGGAGUGCGCGGUACCUGCCUCUCCCUCCUCCUCCUCCUCCUCUUCUUCUCUCUGCGUUCCUCCCUCUUUCAUCUCCAUUCUGUGGGAGUCCUGCAGCCCGUUUGCCUCUCAUCCCUACAACCCUGCUCCCCAGAGCUGAAAGUUUACCUAAAGGAGGAGGAGGACCCGGCGUCGUCUGAAGCAGUUUGGACAGAUUUGGUGUCGUGGCGCGUCGUGGACAGACAGGUGCGGAGCGAGUCCCUGCGCGCGCGCUCGACAUCCACCGUGUUCGCCGUGCUCCUUGCCGGUUGGGAUGGACUGAACGGUGCGCUUCCGAGAGGAGAAACGAGAGAUAAGGAGACGCUGGGUGAAGUGGAGAACAGAAAUCUCCAGGCCAGCUGGCUGACAUCGGAGGAGGAACAGUCCGUCUGCGGAGCCAAAAUCAGAGGUGCCAUAAAUAUACUUGAAGAUCCGUCAUUGCUUCUACAAAACCCAAAGAAAGGACCUUCAGAGUGCACGUGAGAAGGCAGACCUAGCACUUCUGGUUGUUCCUCGCAAAGUUCAAAACAGCAUGCUGCCAAAUAGCUGAUGUGAUGCUGGUCCUCCACAGCAGAUGAGUGCAGUGACAGACGACACAGGUUGACCCAAAGAAAUAGACAGCAAUGCCACGUCACAAACGGUCACUCCCGGCUGUGGAUGCAAACGGGUCAAAGCUUCAAGUCCAUCAAUCAGCAGGAGAGUAAAACUCGAACGGAUGCCACCGACUCUGAUCCGACUAAAGGAACCCAGUUGGACACCAUAAAGUAGAGCAAUAAAGACUUAAAGUCAAAUGCAAAUACGGAAGAAUAAUAAUGCUGUCUGGCAAACUAGCAGUGGAUGGGCACUGAAGCUGUGAGGAAACAUGCCAUGGAAGUGAAUUGAUACAUUUUGAGCUUUAAAGUAGGGACUCUAAACGUCUCCAGUAACAAGCAGGAGAUGUGGCUUGACACCAAGGAAUUAGUUGGGACAUUCUGGCUCAGAGAACACCUUAAGAACUAUUUGCCAAUGGCUUGUUGGCAGAAAAUGGGAGUUCCAAACCUCAGACAGCAAUCCACCCAAAAAUCUGAUUGUCUGCAGCCAACAAGACAUCCUUUCAAUUCAACUGAAAAGUAAGAUUACUUGUAUUUUCUUCCUGAUUUUCCUCUCAUCCUGCCUUCCUGUCAAGUCUCCCAUCUUCCCUUAUUUUCACCACAAAUGCUAAUUUUCAAGAAUUCUGUUAAAUCUUUUUCAGUCCAGAGUCCAUAGCUCUCCCUGCCUAUUUUCUUUGUAUGUGGUGAAUAAACUAGAAGAAUCCAUACUUUAUUAUUCUCCAAAAAGGUGACUAUAUUUCUGUGGAAUGGGUGGUCCAGCAAGAGCUCUUCUCGGAGGAUUCAGCACAACCACGUCCUCCCUGGAAGUCAGGGGUCGAAUGGAGUGGUCCAGCAACAAUCCCUUAGAUCUCAACCAAACCCUACCAUGGGAGGCAGGAGACACCAGCGGAGGUGCCGCUGCCGCAGCCGCAGCUUUGGAUCUGGAAAACUCUACAAGUCAAGAGGCUGUCGCAAGGAACGUCAUCAAAGAGAAGAACUGGCCGGCGCUGCUCAUCCUCGUCAUCAUCGCAUUAACGAUUGGGGGAAACAUCCUGGUGAUCCUGGCGGUGUCGCUGGAAAAGAAGCUCCAAAAUGCAACCAACUUCUUUCUGAGGUCGCUAGCGGUGGCGGACAUGCUUGUAGGCAUCCUGGUUAUGCCCAUCUCCCUUAUCAACAUCCUCUAUGAUUAUGCGUGGCCUCUGCCAAGCGCCCUGUGUCCGAUCUGGAUCUACCUGGACGUGUUGUUCUCAACGGCUUCCAUCAUGCAUCUCUGCGCCAUCUCGCUGGAUCGAUACGUUGCCAUCCGCAACCCCAUAGAGCACAGCCGCUUCAACUCCAGAACAAAAGCUAUGAUGAAGAUCGCUGCUGUCUGGACCAUAUCAAUAGGUGUGUCCAUGCCUAUCCCAGUGAUUGGCCUCCAUAACGAGGACAAGGUGUUCGUCAACGGCAGCUGUGUCCUAAACGAGGAGCGCUUCAUGCUGAUUGGUUCCUUCGUGGCCUUCUUCAUCCCACUGGUCAUCAUGGUGGUAACGUACUGCCUCACCAUCCAGGUGCUCCAGAGGCAGGCCACCGUCUUCCUGUACGAAGCGAAGACCUCUUCCCAGCAGCCUUUGAACACGCCAGUAAUCACAAACACUCUGCAGCCGCCGCCGAGUGCAUUCCACCUUCCACAGAUCAAUACGCUCGCUCCUCCAGACUCACAAGAGCUGAAGCCACCGGCCCCCCAGAGCAGGCGGAACACGCUCAGCUGCCUGAAGGGGGCGGAGCCCAGCAUCCUGCUCAGUGCCUCCGCCUCCGACAGCAUCAGCAUCAUCCCCGGCUCUGAGGUGGCGUCACAGCUCAGUUCUCCAGCCGCCGGGCCCGGCCGGAGUGACUCGUCCGGUUGCCACGGGCGACGGGGGAUGAUGCAGGCCAUAAAGAAUGAGAAGCGGGCUUCAAAGGUUCUAGGAAUAGUUUUCUUCCUCUUCCUCAUCAUGUGGUGUCCGUUUUUCAUCACCAACGUCACCUUCGUGUUGUGCCGCGGCUCCUGCAACGAGUCGCUGCUGCACGACCUCCUCAACCUCUUCGUCUGGGUGGGCUACAUCUCCUCCGGGGUCAACCCUCUGGUGUACACCCUCUUCAACAAGACCUACAGGAGAGCCUUCUCCAGCUACAUCCGCUGCCAGUACAAAGGGACCAGCGCUGCUGGACAGGGUUGUAAGAGCCUGCUGGCGCCCCCUCAGUGCCCGUCGCACGCCGUGACCCCCCUCCUGACGGGCAGCCACGACAAAGCAGGGGUGGACCGCAACAGUAACUGUCGCAACGGCAGCAGGGGGGACAAUGGGAGGCUGAUGGUGGACCCGGAGGACACGACGGACGAUGGGACGCAAAUCGGAUUAGUGUCACACAGUCUGUCGGAAUGCCACAAAGUUGGGGCGCUCUCGGAGACGGAGCCAGAAACAGAUUUGGAGCAGGAGCUGUCAAUCAUCAGCUACAGCCCCGCUUCCAGAGAACACACGAGCAGCGUGUGAUGCUCAGUGUUCCGUCUCGUUUUUUUUUUUUUUUUUUUUUUUUUUAACUGAACUGAGAAGCACUUUGACGGCUGAUGCUUGCAGACUGCAGGGUUCAGCUGCACACCUACGAAGGGGACUCUUCAUUAAAGAGCCUCCGCUCUCAUCACAGACGGAACUACUUACACAUGAGUAGACAAAAAAAAGGGAAUCAGGUGGUGAAAAGUGGAAUUUAAAAAAAAAACAAUAAUAUUAACAAUUUUCCGUUUGUGAAUUUUUGUUUAUCUGAUUUAAAAAAAAAUAAUAAAAAAAUGAAGGCCUUACAUGUAUGUAAACGUGCUCAUCAGUACUAGAUUAAAGGUUAACCGAACAGGGAUGAAGUGAAAGUAUAGAGCUAACACUGCGACACUUUGGGUCACCAAAGCUGCUUAAGAGAGUCCAGCAUCAAACCACCCUUACGUCAUUGUAGUCACACUUCCUCGCUCACAAUGACUCAAAAAGUAGUCUGAGCUCCCCACAAUGCAAUCUCAACAAAAAGUGUUUUUGUGAGGGUCAAACUCGGCGGCGGCGGCGGCGAUGGCUGCCUGAAAGAACCUUCUCAGCAUGUUUAUUCAAACCAUUCAGCGAUUAUUCCUUUGAAGAAAACUUUCUCAAGGCGGCCUUCAAAGUUUUCUUUGAGAUGACGGAGGCAGAAAGAGUGUUGUGGUGGACUCACAGUGCCCUCUGGUGGAGAGCAGGAGGAUGACCAGGUUCAUGGUGCAUUUCACCUACUCUGCUUUUUUUCAAGAGUAGCAUUUAUUUAUUUAUUUUUUAUUUGUUACAUUUAAAA